UGGAGCAGAUCUCUGCACCUGGAGGGGGCUUCCUCCCUUCCCCCGUCUUGCAUUUUGCAGGCACUUUUUUUCCGGCGGCGGAUUGCGGGAGAAAACGACGCGUGGAAGCUUGUGCGGCUUCUUUGGAGAAGGAAGGGUGCGUCCCACCAGUGGGCAGAUCAUGGCCCAACUGCCGGUGAAAAAACGGCGCCCUCCGCGGGUUAAGCCAGGUCAACCAGCUAACUCCGAGUACCCGGUGCGUUUCCCCGAAGUGGUGGUCGGCCUGGUUGAGAAGAGGAUGGGCACCAGCCGGAAAACGUUCCUCACCUCCUUGGCUCGCAGUAGAGGCUUCUGUGUAGAUGAUCCCUGCAGUGAGACAGUGACUCACAUUGUGUCCGAAGGCAAUUCUGGAGACGAGGUGGUUGAGUGGCUGAAGAAGAACGGGAGGCCACCUGCCGAAGCUGCAGGAGAUGGGCCAGCUCUGCUGGACCUCAGCUGGUUCACCGAGAGCAUGGGUGCCGGGCGGCCCGUUGAGAUUGAACCCAGGCACCGUCUGAAGGUGGCCACUCCUGCAGAGCCACUAGAAGAAAAGGGCCAGGUGGCUCCCUACAUCUGCCAGAGACGGACUCCCUUGCUGCACCACAACUCCGCACUUACGGAUGCCCUCGAAAUAAUGGCGGAAGAGGCGAAAUUCAGUGGCAGUGAAGUCCGCAGCUUGGCCUUUUCCCGGGCGGCUUCGGUGUUGAAGGCCCUGCCCUGGAAGGUCGAACGGAUCCAGCAGCUCCACACCGUGCCCUGCAUUGGAGAGCAUUCGCGGAGAAUCCUCCAGGAAAUGCUGGAAGAUGGGAUGUCUGCAGAGGUGGAGAAAGUCAGACAAUCGGAGAGAUACCGGACAAUGAAGCUUUUCACAAAGAUCUUUGGAAUUGGGGUAAAGAUAGCCAGCCAGUGGUACCAGGAAGGGCUCCGGACCCUCACGGACUUACAGCUGCACCAGAUAAAACUGAACAAAGAACAACAAGCAGGACUUCUUCAUUACGAAGACCUCAAUACCCCCGUGGAGCUCUGGGAAGCCGAGGCCAUCAGCCAGGUAGUACGCCAGGUGAUUGAGCAGAUUUUGCCUGGAGCGACAGUCACGCUGACCGGAGGAUUUAGGAGAGGGAAGCCGUGUGGCCACGAUGUGGACCUGCUCAUCUCCCAUCCUUCUGAAGGUGAAGAAAUGGGACUCUUGCCCAAAGUCAUCAGUAUCCUGGAUAGGCAGGGCUUCUUGCUGUAUCACAGUUUCCACCGAAGCAGCUUCCUCUCCCUCGAAGACGAAGAGCUGUGGGUUAGCGGCGGUUCGAGCACCAUGGACCACUUCGAACGCUGCCUCUCCAUCUUCCAUCUCGGGGACCCUGCUGGAAGCCGUCCAGGUGCCACUGGGGUUCAGAAGCUUGGCGCCUUGUGGGGUCUGGCACGUCGUCCUGUCCCCGAAAGCUGUGCGUGGGUGGAUUUGGUUGUGACGCCCUCCAGCCAGUUCCCGUUUGCUUUGCUCGGCUGGACCGGCUCACGGAAUUUUGAACGAGACCUCCGCCGUUUCUCUAAGCGGGAGAAGAAGAUGACUCUCAACAGCCAUGGCCUCUAUCACCUGGAGCAGAAAAUUUUCCUGCCUGCUGCCUCCGAGGAAGAGAUUUUCCAGCAUCUAGGACUGGAGUAUAUAUUGCCUGAAGAGAGAAAUGCUUGAGCCACUGUUGUGCAAAGUCCUAUUUUCACCCUACGGAAUUCACAAAUGAAUGAGAAUCACCCAGGUUAACAUUUCAUAUAACUUUCACUCGUGUGUGUGUGUGUGUGAUACAUAAUUUAUCUCUUUCUCAAUGAAACUUUAGAAAAUACAUCACUUUUUUUCAUACUAA